AUGGUUGCUACCUCCUCCGUCUUAACGUCGCUCGUCGCCUUUGGCGCGUCGGUGAUGGCGGCGUCGCUCCCGCCGUGCAACAAGACGGCGCUCAUCAUCGUCGACGUCCAAAAUGACUUUGCGCUGCCAACCGGCAACCUCUCGGUCUCUGGGGGUGAGGCCAUCAUCCCCGUCAUCAACGAGGUCCGCCACCGCGGCAACUUUGACAUGGUCGUGCUCACGCAAGACUGGCACCCGGUCGGCCACGUCUCGUUCUACUCGCGCUGGGCCAACGACCCAAAGGCCAAGAUGUUUCAGCCGUACACGCUGCCGUCGUCCGGUGAUGGCCCCGUGUGGCCGCCCAACACGGAGCAGGUGCUCUGGCCCGACCACUGCGUGCAGAACGGCAACGGCGCCGAGUUUCACAAGGACCUCCAUGUGAGCGCCAAGAAAGACAUUUUCAUCAAGAAGGGUGCGAACCCCAACCUCGACUCGUACUCGGGGCUGCUCGAAAACGACCACAAGACCGAGACGGCUUUGCCCAAGAUGCUCAAGGACGCCGGCAUCCAGCACGUGGUCGUGGUCGGGCUCGCGGAGGACUACUGCGUCGGCUCUACGGCGCUGGACGCCAAGACCGUGUACGGCUACGACGUCACCGUGCUCUCGGACGCGACAGCGGCCGUCGCCCCGGGAUCCAAAAAGGCGAUGGAAGGCAUGUUCCAGAAGCAUGGCGUCACGCUCCAAACGUCGGCCGAUUUCUUCAAGGCCCAAGACGCUCGCAAGUGCCGCUUCAACUCCAAGAGCUGCUAG